AUGGGUCGAGGCAUGCCCCGCAAAUUGGACCUCGACGUAGCUAAUUUGUCGGAAGGAGAGGCGGCACCAGGAGAUGCUACACCUUAUGUUCAGUAUGUUGACAGCAGUACGGAUCCAAACUCCCUCUACGCCUCUACUAACGGCCAAAUGGCCUAUCCAGUCUACACAGUUGCAGACACAAUCUACAACGGUGGGACUACUUAUUACACAAACAGCACUGCAUCUGGUGCAGCAUUUCAGCAGGGUGGAGCAGGGAAUGGUGGAGGGGUUUUGGGGGCCAAUACAAGUGCCCCGACAGCAUACCUAAUCCAGACUGACCCUUCUGCUGUGAUCAACAGCACAAGUGCCCGACAUUCCCCGCAGAUGGAUGGAGUGGGAGUUGCAUCUUAUGUGGUGGCAGCUAGCAGUGAUGCUAAUGCUGGAGGCAGUGACGCUGGCUCAGGUCCUCUAGAAGCUGAUUCCCAGCAUAGCCUUGCUCAUGCCACUCGUGUCUCUCCUGUUACUGUUCAGUGGCUGGUAGAGAACUAUGAGACAGCAGAAGGGGUGAGCCUUCCCCGCUCUACCCUCUACAAUCACUACCUCAGGCACUGCGCUCAGCACAAACUGGAUCCUGUGAAUGCUGCCAGCUUUGGGAAGCUCAUCCGCUCUGUGUUUCUUGGGCUCCGAACGCGACGACUUGGGACCAGAGGAAAUUCCAAGUACCAUUAUUAUGGGAUUCGUCUGAAACCAACAUCAUCCCUGAACCACUUGGGACCAGGAGUGAGUGAGGGCGAAUUGAGAGGGGAUGGAGGAGGGAAGAAGGGGGGCUCCAAGGGGAGUGUUUCUGAAGAUGAAGGGGGACCCUCCACACAUUCGGCAGCAGCCACCAAUCCCCCCACUUCAUCAUCUGCCUCAGCACCUAGUGCCUCUGAUACAUCACCCAUGGGUCAAAGCCAGCACAACCAGUACUUGGGUGACCCAUCUGUGGCACUACCACCAUUUCCUGAGAUUGAGUUUGACCCUUCUGACACCUUGCCUGGAGAUCUCACAUUGGAAGAUGUUGAGGCUUUCAGGGCCUUGUACGAGGAGCAUUGUGAGAGCAUCCUGAAUGCAGUGGUGAAGCUUCAGUUCAGCACGGUGGAAGGACUUUGGAGAAGCUUUUGGCAAGGAGGGGAUGGUGAUGGUGGGAGCAACAGUGGUCCUCAGCACAAUGGAAACAACUCAAAUUCCUCUUUCACAGAGGAGCGCCCCCUGAACCAAGAUAGGAUCCUACGCCUUUGUGAGCUGCGACCCGUCCUCACCUUCAUUCAGACUGCAGACUAUAACUUCUACCAAGGCCUUGUGGAUCUUCUCAUCCCAGAAGUCCUGCGACCCAUUCCAAGUACCCUGACACAGGCAAUCCGAAAUUUUGCAAAGGGCUUGGAAGGCUGGCUGACAUCUGCAAUGGAGAAUGCACCACCUGAUGUUGUCCAUGUCAAGGUAUGUGCCGUGAGUGCAUUUGCUCAGAUGCUCCGUCGUUACACGUCCCUCAAUCAUCUGGCCCAGGCUGCUCGAGCUGUGCUGCACAAUUCCCAGCAGAUCCAGCAAAUGCUGGCUGAUUUGAACCGGGUGGAUUUCCAUCAUGUCCAAGAACAGGCCUCAUGGGUGUGUGACUGUGAGGAGGGUCUUGUGGACAGCAUCCAGGAGUACUUCAAGGCAACACUGCAGGAUCAGCCAGACCUUGAGCAUUGGGCCUCAUGGUUGAACACCGUCGUUGAGAGGAUCCUUGGCGAUGUCCGUCCCCCACGGCUUCCUCAUGCUGCCCGACAGUUCCUCCUCAAGUGGUCCUUCUACAGCUCAAUGGUGAUUCGGGAUUUGACCCUGCGUAGUGCAGCCAGUUUUGGGUCUUUCCACCUCAUCCGCCUCCUUUAUGAUGAGUAUAUGUUCUACUUGAUUGAGAACAAGAUUGCUCAAGCAACUGGCCAGACCUCCAUUGCUGUUAUGGGACAGUUCAUUGGUGGAGGUGGAAGUGCUAGUGGGAACGAGUCAGAAAAUCGCAGCAACACUGAGCAUGAGCCUGGAACAUCAUAUGCCUCGGGGAUCAACGUGCCUGGGACCGGUGCACCUGUUAACCACCUCAAUUCAACUGAUCUCAACCAUAGCAGCAAGCGCCAGCGCCUCAUGUGAGACACCAAUCAGCCUCCUUGGUGAACGAGUGUGAAGUGGGGUGAGGCCCAUCCCCUCAUUCCAUGAAUGAGGUGACAAACAGCAACCCAGAAAGUAUUCUUUCCAUCUUCACACAUCACCAGAAUAUGUCCUCACUAUUUUUUUUUGUCCUUGACUUGUGUGAAAUGCCUGUCCCUUUGUGUAGUUCUCCCCCACCUUACUUUUUCCCUCCAAACACAUCUUUGGAAUACUCGAUUCACCCCUAGUCACUGUCUGCAAUGUGAUUUGCAGGACACUGUGUGGUACAAAUUUCUUCAGAAACAGAAGAGAGGAACUUUAUGAAUAUGAUAUAUAUCUCUAUACAUGGCACUAUUUUCGUUUCACGUUUUCUUUCAUCGUGUAAGCAAUUGAUGGAUGUCCACCCCCUUUGCCUUGCUGUUAUUCUAUAUAACCUAGUAAAGGAGGAAAUCUUCAGGGAGAUUUCUUCUGUCUCCGUGUGUCUCAAUUCUGACCAGUGAUUGGAACGGUCCCAGUCCACUGAAUAUUCUGAUUUUUGCCUGAAUGAAAUGCAUUCGUUAAUGUGCUCCUUGUUGUUGAAUUGCCUUCAUCCUCUAUCCCUUUGCAGGA